CAAUUCGGGUUUUAGGGUUUCUUCUGUCGUCUGAAGCUGUCCGAAGGGUUCUGUGGUUUUUUUUUCCCGGUUGUCUCGCUUAUCUUCUACUCUUCACCAACGCCAUGACUGCUCAGACUCAGGAAGAGCUUCUCGCCGCCCAGCUUGAUGAGCAAAAGAUUAAUUCUGAUGAACCUGUAAUUGAGGACGAUGACGACGAAGAUGAUGAAGAAGAUGAUGACAAGGACGAGGAUGAUGCUGAAGGGCACGGAGAGGCCAGUGGCAGGUCGAAGCAAAGCAGAAGCGAAAAAAAGAGUCGCAAAGCAAUGCUGAAACUUGGAAUGAAGCCAAUCCCGAGUGUGAGCCGUGUCACGGUCAAGAAGAGCAAGAAUAUUCUUUUUGUCAUUUCGAAACCAGAUGUCUUCAAGAGCCCGACUUCCGAUACCUACGUCAUUUUUGGGGAAGCAAAGAUUGAAGAUUUGAGCUCCCAGCUACAGACCCAGGCUGCAGAGCAGUUCAAGGCUCCUAAUUUGAGUAAUUUGACAUCAAAGCCUGAGGCACCAACCAUUGCUCAAGAUGACGAAGUAGUCGAUGAGUCCGGGGUUGAACCGAAGGACAUCGAACUGGUGAUGACUCAAGCUGGGGUAUCGAGACCAAGGGCCGUGAAAGCACUCAAAGCAGCGGAUGGUGAUAUCGUGUCUGCCAUUAUGGAACUUACAAAUUAAUAAGAGAGCUCUAUCAGGUGGAGUGUUGGAAUCUUUUCUUCCUUCUUUUCCCCCCUCUGUUUCAGCUGCAGAAUUUGAAGUUCUGAGAUUUUAAUGUUUUAUAAACUCUGGAUUGAUUAUGAGUUCAACUAUGUACUAUUUCUUUCAUGGGGUU